AUGCCUGAGAUGCAAGGUGCGCCGCAUGGCUCCAAUGCGGAAGCCUCAAAAGACGAAGUCAAGAGCUUCGGAAAAGAGAUCAAGGACAAGAUCACUGGCAAAGACAAACCCAGCGGCGUAAGCGACGCGUCCGGCCCCCACCUCGGCGCUUCCAAAGGCGACAAGGAGGACACAAUGAAGAGCACGUUCGAGGGCGGGGCGGCGGGCCUGUCGAGCUCGAAGCAGAGCGGGGAGAACACUUCUGCGUUUACUGGGCGAUGA